CUACUAGACGAUCCUGAUAGAUUUCCAGAUGGUGGUUUCGAAGCCUAUAGAGUUCUCUUGGGAUCGUUUCUAGGCUUGACUGGAGUAUUGGCUUUUGUAAAUAGUGCUGGAGCUAUAGAGAACUACAUACUGAAGAAUAUUCUUCCAGAUACGCCAGUUUCUACUAUAGGGUGGAUAUUUUCCAUCUACAACUUCUGUGGAUUUGGUAUGACUUUGAUCUCUGGACCUGUCUUUGACAAGAUCGGAUGUCGGAUACCUCUUGUAUUCGGUACAGUGUUAAUGACCGUUGGAUUUAUGUGUGCUUCUUUGGCGACAGAGGUGUACCAGUUCGUCCUUGCCUAUGGCAUCUGCGCUGGGAUAGGCACAGCUUUUACGUUUGGACCAUUUGUAGGAGUCUUGACGCAUUACUUUCUCAAAAAGAGAGCCUUGGCUAUCGGAUCCGCCUAUAUAGGGGGUGCAAUAGGUGGUGCAUGUUUCCCCGUAAUGUUCAGAUCAUUGCUCCCGAUGUUCGGCUUUGGUUGGUCGAUCAGAAUCGGAGCUUUCAUCUGCUUAGCAUUGCUCACAGUAGGAACUGCUUUGGUCAAAGAUAGGCACAAGGAAUUCAGCAGUAUAGACCCUAAUAGUAACGAAAGUGUAGUCAAGGAAAUCUUCCGGUCUAUCGACUUUUCCAUCUUCAAGAAUCGAGUCUAUACUUGUCUAGUUCUAGCCUUAUUGGGUAAUGGUUUUGCAUUCUUGAUCACUAUGACGUACUUGCCAUCUUAUGCAACCACAUUUGGCUACUCUCAAUCAGACUCAUACCUCUUGUUGGUGGUGUUCAACUCUUUUUCGAUUCCGGGAAGAAUCAUACCCUCUUAUUUUGCUGACCAUUACGGCCGUUUUAAUGCCAUCUGUUGUAUUAGCUCGAUAUCCACUUUGGCAUUUUGUCUCAUCUGGCUCAACCGGCCAGCUGGACACACUUUGACUGGGUUAUUUGUAUUUGCAGGGUGCUUUGGAUUCAGUUCUGGUUCCAUUUUGUCGCUUACACCAGCUCUGAUAGGUCAAGUAUUCAAAGUAGAGGAAAUCGGUAAGGGUAUAGGAACUGCUUUUUUUGUUCUCUCCUUCGGAGACUUGAUAGGUAUUCCGAUUGGUGGAGCUAUAACUAAUCCUAAAACAAGAGAUUCUUUUGAUUAUCUUGUACUUUUUGUUACUUUAUGUUCGGUUGGUGGAACAGUUGGUUCAUUUGGCGCUCGAUACCUCUAUGCUGGAGUCAAGAUGGCUCGUGUAUAA